AGAAGGCGGGGGAACAACUUAAAUUUUUUUUGCCUGAUAUGUAGAACGCUCGAGGCAGAGGAGACCUUAUGGCGACGGCGGAGGAGACCGGCGACGGGCUGGAGUGUCUCUCAGAUCCGGUCGACAGGUUUCCCCUGCCGGAUCUUGAAGGCACAGAUUUCAGCCCGGAUGGCGAGGAAGAUACUAUUCUCACACAAUCGGCUGCUGAAUCAAGCAUGGGGGAUGUUGGCGAUCCGGUGCCUGCUCUCCAAUUAGCCAUCGACAGUACGUGCGAUGCACUAAUCUUACUAACGACAAAUUCGCAAUGCUCAGCUAAAGAAGAAGGCGAUGAAGCGACCGGAUGGGCAAAAAGAGUUCGAGUCGGGCAAGCUCCUAUUGAACGUCCGCCUUGUGCGGGGAGGGUUUCCGCUCUUGAAAAAAGUCUCAGAGGAUAUGCAGAGAAGAAAACUGAGACAGUGGUGGUACCAGCUGUUGGAAACAGCUUUGAUUCAUUGGGAGAAGCAUACGACUACUGCAAUCUAUAUUCUUGGGAAAUAUGAUUUGGAAUAAGAUAUGGCAAAAGUAGGCUCAAUGUGGAGAGAACUAAGUGUAUGCAAGAGAUAGUAUGUGGAUGCUCGGUGAGUACUAACUAAAUUGAUCAUACAAAAAUGUACAUCUGUGUAAAACGUGCACUCAAUAAAUGUCUGACAUACUUGCAAUU